AUGGAGGAUCGAGACACUGAUAUACACAACUUUUCUCCAACCUCAUCCCAGCAUCGACUGCCAACCGUUACGGGCAUCGAAGCCUUGCAAAAUGCUACGGCCAACUCCAGAGGCAUCUCAUCAGGUCUUCCAACUUUGGACGCAAUCUUGGUAAACAACAGCAUCAACAAUCUAUCGAUUGCGACACCAGGUUUUCAACGCGGGUACGUUACCGAAGUAUUUGGCCCCCCAGGAGUCGGCAAGACUACAUUCGGCUUGCAGGCCUCUGUCAACGCAGUUCGCUCGGCAGAGGAGGAGUCUCAUGUGUUAUGGGUUAAUACAGGAUCGCCGCUGGUCGAAACCCGACUUGAUGAUCUGAUGAAGGCUUCGACGAUUCCCCUCAACUCGGAAAUGCCUUCCUCACCACGGGAGUCUGUCGAUGUAGAUUCGUUGCUGGACGAAAAGUUUACCUAUUUAGACGCCCACACGUUGCCUCGCCUGUUGACGGUCUUCCUGCACCCUCCCGCGGCACUUCCUUCGCCUCAGACGUGCCUGAUUAUUGUCGAUGAUCUCUCCAAUCUCCUCCUCGGCGCCUUUUCACGGACUCCAAAGAAUCUCAAGCCGUCCGCCCCAGCGGCGGUAAAGGAGAGAUUUGAGAAGCAAGCCGCAUCGAAGCGCUUUCAGAUCAUGGAAAAUCUCGCCACAGCAAUGUCCAAAAUGGCUGCGAUCAGGAAUAUAGCCAUUGUCGUCUUGACGAACGCAACCACCAAUUUGAAGACUUCUAACAGAGCUACUUUGAAACCAGCGUUGUCGAGUCAAGCUUGGGAGUCAGCCGUCUAUACUCGCAUUAUGCUUUACCGUGACUUUGUGGAUGAGGCGCAGCUGGCAGAAGCGCGGGAUGCACGCUUGCUAGGGUUACGAUACGCAGAAGUACAACGUAUAGCAAAGAAAGACUUCAUCACGGAUCCGGUUCCAUUUGUGAUCGCAUCAGGCGGCAUUCGGGAGCUGGCUUUGUCUGAAGCGGCCAGCCAAGCCCGGCUUUUCUCUCAAUCCAAUGGAGUUGCGGAAGCCGACACUGGCAAGCUCGGCGACGACUUACCACUCCUCCCCGCGGAGCUAUCACAACCCUCGCAGCUCCAAUCGCCAACACAGCCGAAGAAACGAAAGGCUUUCGAAAUUGCUGACAGCGAAGAUGAAGAUGAAGAUGAAGAGGAAGUCGUGGUAUCAGACCCAGGCGAGCCCAACCUACCCAGCAUGGACCUGGUGCCUCGUGGAAGUGAAGAUGAGAUGUUACUUGAAACGCAUGAAAUGGCAUUGCUGAGGAGAGAAAGGUAUGCUCGGAUUAGAGGCUCAGAAGAUGAGAUUCCUCUGCCAUCAUCAGACGCCGAGGAAUCCGUCACGGGGUCGCCUGAGAAAGAGGAAGACUGA